AUGCCACAACGGCCCUCUUGGGCUGACGCAGAGGACGUUGCUGAUGAAGAGCUCCAGCGUGAGGCGAGGAUGCCGCGGAGCUCUGGAUCUGCCGAGGGUUCUGCUGACGCAGACAAGCAGCGUCAGGUACGAGAAGGCUUGAGGCGAUUCUUUAGCGUGUACCUGGAGGUUGAGUCAUUCUUGAAGUCGCCCGGGAUUGCUGGGUCGUUCUUGAGAUCAUGGCAGUCGCUGUGCGACCUGGAAGCGUCCACCGCCGCCGCGCGAGUCACACACGCGCUGUUGAGACAGCGACGAUGCCUGCCGUCAAGGCAGGGGGGAGGAUGGGAGAAGCCGCUGAGCUGGCCGCUCGUGACUGGCCUGGCUGCGCUCAGCGUGCACGAUCUGCCACGCCCGCUCUGCUUGUACGACAUCUCCAGUGGCAUAUGCCUUGCGUACAGCCAGGGAAGGUGGAAUCGAUGGGAUCAGUGUCCACAAUGCGUGUUCGACAUCAUCUUUUGGAACUCUUGGACGGGCAGGCAUUUCCACUGCAGCUUAGCUUUGCAGCCAGGCAGCCCGGAUGAUGGCUUGGAAAUGCUGUUGUGUUUUCCGCGACUUGCCUAUGGCAGCCCAUGUGAGGUGUUCUUCGAGUGCCUCGACAUAACGCGGUUGGAUGCAAAUGCAAUUCUGCGAUCUUCCGGAUGUGUAGAAGGUGCCUGCAUUGCCCCAUCCCUGCUGCCUGGUUGCACGCCUGAUUCCAGUGGCAUGCUGCAAGUUUGCUGCUGCGUGGGUCUGGUGCCAGCGGCCGGCCUGGUAUUCUUGUGUUCGAGCGGGCAUUUCAUGCGCGUGAGCACGCAGGCGACUCUGCAGUGCAUUGGUGCAGCAGAUGCGAAAGACUUCAUGCUGGCCGGAGCUUACCUUAUCGACGUGCAGCUGGCAGAAGAAUGGAUGUGCCGAGCGGUAAUCAGAGCCGGGCGAGACAGCAUGGAUUGGUCGGCAGCCGCCAAGAUUCUGUCGGGAGCAUGCUGUCGCAGAUGCCCACUGGUGCCAACUCAUCGCCGCAUCGUUGGUGGCGGCACGUCGCAGGAGGACCAGCAGCCGAAACCGCGGGUGGGUGCGCGUGUGCUUGUGCUGAAGAAGCGUUGGCUCCAGCUCAUACUCUCGGGCGAAAAGACUGUGGAGAUACGUGCGCAAAGUGCUCAGCAAGGGCACACCUGGCUGGCAACUGGCGCCACGAUCUACGCGGGGGCACGCAUCUGCUGCGCGAAGCGCAUCUCGCUCGCAGAGUUUCAGCAAAUGUCCGAAGAGCAUCGGCUCCCAUGUCAAUCCUUGCCGUACAAGAAGACGUAUGCGCUUUCCCUCGACACAGCACGCGAGCUACCAGCGCCAGUGGGGUUUCACAAGCUGUGGGGAGCGAUCGGCUGGUCCAAGGUUCGAUACAGCAGAGCAGAGCUUCCGACCAACGCCGCGAGACUAGAGGGCCGUGCAGACAAGGACAUCAUGCUGGAGUGGCGGACGUCUACCGCCGUAUGCCAAAGCCAAGACAAUGAGCAAGAAUCGGCGCUCGAAUUCGCGCAGAACCUGCUGCAAGGCCUCGAUGAGGACGGCACAGCGCCCUUCGCUGCGGAAGUGCGGACGAGCAAGCAGCACGCGUGUCAGGUGGCCACGUGCGAGGCAUUGCACGUGCCAUGCGAGAAGAACACGCUGGAGAAGUGGCACAUUUUCCAUCUGCCGAAUCCGAGCGCAGAGGCGAAGACAGUCCAGGAACUUGCUUCAGACACAUGGCAACAGCAUCAAGAGGGGCGCAUCGGGUGUGACUCAUGCAACACUCACCACGACGUGUUUGAGGAAACAAAGAUUGACGCCGCCAGCGAGGCUGUGAUUUUCGGUUUCCCUCGUGGCGCUGCCGUCAGAGCGGGGCGACAGAUCCGCAACCAUCACCCAGUGGUGUGCGAAGAAUCAAUUGCUGUCGCGGACAAGACGUUUCACCUCAGGGCCUUGGUGGAGCACCUGCCGGCAAGCAGGAGCAACGUCUCCUGGCUGCGGCAGGCCGACAGCUGGCUGAGGUGCGACGACGCUCUGGUAGACUCACGUGCACAUCUGGCAGAUACGGUCGCCACCAACGUUGUGAUGGCCUUCUAUAGCACACAGAUGGUGGAGGAGGACAUAGUAACCGCAGACGGCAGCCCAAGACGCGGGCGAGAAAGCCAGAGGCGGGCCAAAGCGGCCGAAGCACACAGGAGCACGCCCAGCACGGAAGCGCAGGAAGCGCCUCCACAGCCGGAGGGCCUGCUGCCGCAAGACAUCGACGGCCAUCUUCAGUUUGAAGCUUCUGUGGCGGCGGUGCUGGGAACAUACAAGCGCGGGGAAGAUUGUGUGCAGACGCUGGCGUGCUUGCCUUUGUAUUCUUGCGAGGUUCUUGAUCCUUCCUGGAGCGACUUACGUGGUCGACUCGACAGAUGCAUGCAAGAGUAUGUGCAAGGCAAGAUCGUCGCGGCCGACGCUGUUUAUCUGGCGACCCCGAUCUGGAGGGUUCGAUAUGCGAGCAAGAUACUGGGCCGUUGGCACGGCGUCGCCGGGCUCGGGAAAAGCCCAGCUCUGGACCCCAUGAAGGAGGCGCUGCUGGAGGUUUUGCGGGAAGAUCCCGACCUCGCACCCGGCGUGCCCGGUGACGGCUUCCAUGUGCAACCGGUGGGCACUCAUGCUGCCGCAGUGGAUAGACUGCGAAGCACAGGAGGUUACCAAUUUAUCGGAGCAGGGGAAGGAGGAACACACAUUAACUGGCAAAGAUAUUUGGACGCAGCCGCAGGUGGUCCAGUUCCAUGGGAAACAGCACUGGAGCGACAAGCACGGCGACGCAGUGCAACCACGGAAGAUCACGAUGGCAAUGUCGCAGAUGAGACAAACGUGUCCGUCGUGAUUCUCCAGCAAUGGUCGUUGCUGCCCACAUGGUGGGCAGCUUCAGAAGAGAAGUGCAGCAUCGGCCUGGCUGGGCGCUUUGUUUUUUCGUUUGCUGCUGCCGGCGAGCCCGGGCCCCCAGCAACAGCACGGUUCGGCCAGCAGGUUGCGUUGCCCCUCCUGAAGCGCGUCUUCCGAAUUGUUCUGCGAACCCUAGGGCCACACUCUCCGCUGCCCACCGAUAGGCCCUCUGCUGAAGGAUUGCAGGCCGUCUAUGAGUUUCGGCUGAAGUGUUCUGAUUUAACCAAAACGCAUGACAUGGACAAGACCUUUGCAUCUUGCGUCAACAAGUCUGGUUACUGGCUCACGACUAUUGCUUUUUGGACGAGCGUCCUAAGCCAGGUCUGGCCGUGCGCAGCAGCUGGCCGAGACGAUGCCGUGCUACAUGCGCACAUUCAACGUGACUCGUUGAAGCUGGCCAUGGAAUUCUUUACUUCCCGGUUUUUGCAAGGUGCAGCAGUGCUUUCUGCAGAUGUGCGUGGUCGCACCUGGGUCAGGAAGCAGCCACCCUGCAUCGCCAAAGCAAACCAGCGAUGGAACCUCGCAGCGUUGCUGCUUCUGAAGAGUUCCUGCGGUGUCAGCAUAACGGCAGCCGUGGCCCAGAGAGCAGGCCCGAUGUUCCGCGGCCUUGCGGCAAGCCCCGGAACAUCGACUCGCGCAGCAGCGGAGGCGGCUUAUGUUGAAGCCCUGGAGUAUUUGCGGGUGCGAGGAAUUGGGGUUUUGCAGCCAGCCCCUGACGGGAACCUCCCUGUGUUCCUGAAGAGGCACUAUCAGUGGCUGCUGCACUCGUCUAAAGACCAGCUGGCCCAAGCGCACGUGCCAGGAACCGUGCUUGGUUUGCAUGUCUCAGGCGCAAGCUGCGCUCGCUCAGGCGCCGACAGCGAUGGCGAAGCUUGUGAUGGCAAUGCAACUAGCGUAGAAAGCGAGAGUGGAAAUGCGAAGCCUGCAUCGAGGCAAGCAGAGCAGGCCGCCGGGGGAGAGCCUUCGGUUGUGGCUAGGCAGGCUCGAGGAAAUGCUUGUGCAGUACAGGUUUCUGCGAAGGUUGCCAAGCCUCAAGCAAAGGAGGAGAAGGAGGAGGCGUGGAAAGCGCCAGUGGCAGACAGUGCAUCCGAAACCAAACUGCCGUGGGAGGUUCUUUUCGACGGAGAGCCUUGCAAGGCAGUUGAGAAUUACACAUGUUUGCGAUCCGAAGUUGUGCAGGUGGUCGGAGCAAGGCGGGAUCCCGGCAUCUACACUUUCGUGGAUUUGGGUGUGGAGGGUCCGACGCGCCGGCUGAAGGCUGCAUGCAAGCCGGAAGCGUGCAAGGGCUGCACACGGCAGCUUCGGGCAUCCUUUCGGUUUGGGGAUGCUGGCCCACGUCUCCAUGUUCGUGCGCGAGGUAAGCAUGGGACGUUGCAGAAACCCUCCGGAGGCUCCCUCUGGACGGUAGCCGAGGAGCACAUGCUAGCAAACAAGAGUGAUGAAGGAGCCCACGUCACAGCGAAGAUGGUGCGAGCAGUGUUCAAGCAAGCCAACAUGCCGUUGCGGUGCACUGACGCGCAGCUGCAUGCCUGGGUUAGCAGGACCCGAAAAAAACUGUCUGCGCUUCCGCCGAAGCCCAAAAAGUUCUUGGCGGCAGAGAUGUACGCUGCGGCUAGUCCAUUCAUUGCUGACAUUGCCCAGUGGCGCACGCAACCUUUGCACAAACUCAUCGUGCUACCCAGUCCUGUGUUCCAGGAGGAUCGCGUCUGUGCAAUCUGA